AUGGCCAAGAGGGAGGCGGGCAGCACCAGUCCCGUAGUGCGGCAGAUCGACAAACAGUUCUUGGUCUGCAGCAUCUGUCUGGAUCACUAUAGAAACCCCAAAGUCCUGCCCUGUCUGCACACCUUCUGUGAGAGCUGCCUCCAGAACUACAUUCCUCCUGAGUCCCUGACACUGUCCUGCCCCGUCUGCCGCCAGACGUCCAUUCUGCCGGAGAAAGGGGUCGGAGCUCUGCAGAACAACUUCUUCAUCACGAAUCUCAUGGAGGUUUUACAGCGGGAGCCCGAGUGCUCCAGACCUGAGGCUCGCAGUGUGUUGGAGUCUGUGAGCGCCGCGGUGGCUGGAAAACCUCUCUGCUGCCCCAACCACGACGGGAAGGUGAUGGAGUUUUACUGCGAGUCGUGUGAAACAGCCAUGUGUCUGGAGUGCACGGAGGCAGAGCACAGAGAGCAUGUGACUGUCCCACUGCGGGACGUGGUGGAGCAGCACAAAGCAGCUCUGAAGACUCAACUGGACGCCAUUCACAGCAGGCUGCCACAGCUGACCGCCGCCAUCGAGCUGGUGUCUGAGAUUUCCCGUCAGCUCAAUGAGAGGAAGAGUGAAGCCGUGGCUGAGAUUUCCAACACGUUUGAGGAGCUGGAGCGAGCUCUGCAUCAACGCAAGAGCGCUCUCAUCACAGACCUGGAAAACAUCUGCAGCGCCAAGCAGAAGGUUUUGCAGGCGCAGCUGUCCGCUCUGCUGCAGGGGAAGGAGCACAUCCAGAGCAGCUGCAGCUUCACGGAGCAGGCACUGAGCCACGGCAGCGCCACCGAGGUGUUGUUGGUCCAGAAGCAGAUGAGUGAGAGAGUGGUGGCUUUGGCGAGACAUGACUUUCCCGACAGGCCACAUCAAAAUGCACAUCUGGACUGUCAGGUGGAGACCGAGGGUUUAAGGAGGUCCAUUCAGAACCUGGGGGUCCUGAUCACCACGGCGGCUGUAGCUCACACGUCUGUGGCCACAGGAGAAGGGCUCCGGCACGCAGCCACAGGACAGCACCAGACCAUCACUGUGACCACCAAAGACAAAGACGGGGAGUUGGUGCGGACGGGAAAUGCGGUUUUAAAAGCUGAGAUCACCUCCACAGACGGGACGCGAGCCUCUGAGGCCGACAUUGUGGACAAUAAGAACGGCACAUACGAGGUGGGCUACACGCUGAAGCAGGAGGGGGAGUACCUCUUCUGCCUCACGCUGUACGGCCAGCCCAUCAGGGGCAGUCCCUUCAGGCUGCGGGCCGUCAAACCCUGCGACGUGCCCCAAUCUCCAGACGACGUGAAGCGGAGGGUGAAGUCUCCGAGCGGCACCGGGGGCCACAUCCGACAGAAAGCCGUGAGGAGACCCUCCAGUAUGUACAGCACCACCAAGAAGAAGGAGAACCCCAUUGAGGACGAGCUCAUCUACAGAGUGGGUUCCCGGGGCAGAGAAAAAGGAGAGUUCACAAAUUUACAAGGAAUUUCUACCUCGAGUAACGGACGUGUGGUGGUUGCCGACAGCAACAACCAAUGCAUUCAGAUUUUCUCAAACGACGGUCAGUUUAAGAUGCGUUUCGGUGUCAGAGGUCGUUCUCCCGGGCAACUGCAGAGGCCAACGGGCGUAACCGUGGAUUCAAACGGCGACAUUGUGGUAGCGGAUUAUGACAAUCGAUGGGUCAGCAUUUUCUCAUCUGACGGGAAAUUUAAGAACAAAAUUGGUGCUGGGAGACUGAUGGGUCCGAAGGGCGUGGCUGUGGACAAGAACGGACACAUCAUCACCGUGGACAACAAGGCGUGCUGCGUCUUCAUCUUUCAGUCCAACGGGAAACUGGUCACAAAGUUUGGAGGCAGAGGGACGUCCGACAGACAGUUUGCAGACAAACUUACUCCAAAUAUUAAUAAAACUGGCACAAAUUUCAGUCCUCACUUUGUAGCUGUGAACAACAAGAAUGAGAUUGUUGUGACAGACUUUCACAAUCAUUCUGUAAAGGUGUACAAUGCCGAUGGGGAGUUCUUGUUUAAGUUUGGUUCUCACGGUGAAGGAAACGGACAGUUCAACGCUCCCACUGGGGUCGCUGUUGACGCUAAUGGGAAUAUUAUUGUGGCCGACUGGGGCAACAGCAGAAUACAGGUGUUCGACAGCACGGGCUCUUUCCUGUCCUACAUCAACACGUCUGCGGACCCUCUGUACGGACCCCAGGGGCUGGCUCUCACCUCAGACGGACACGUGGCUGUGGCCGACUCCGGAAAUCACUGCUUCAAAGUUUACCGAUACCUGCAGUAG